AUGCAGACAUCAUUCCAACAAGGGUACAUCACGGACCUGGUCUGCCCACCGCCGCCGCCUGGCAAGACGGCAGAGGAUGUCCUUCAGAUGGGUCUCUCCUUGGCCCUGGACAUGGUCCAUUCGGCAAAGACCAUGUGCACUCUCAAUCCUCUGGUGCAAGGGGUGCAACUUAUGGAGACGUCACACCCGAAACUCGUCGACACUCGAGCUUUGGCUUCGACCUUCGGGGUCGACCACGACGACGCCGAACACGCCACGGGCCCCUUUGUCCAGUAUGAAAUCACGGACAAACUGCCGGUCUUUGCGGGUUACAGCACGACCUUGGUCUACCACAGUGCCAUGAGGGAGACCAGAGACGGGUUGGAGAGUCUGACGAAUCCGGGGAACGGGGUCACGAUCCACGGGAGGUGGGCUUUGAGGGUCGGUAAGGAAGGACCGGGGGACGACGGUGGUAACAAUGCCCGAAAGGAAAUGUCGAGGCCCGGGCCACCCGAGGAGAGCGAGGACGGGAAAUUCAGUCUCGGGAACGCCAGUGGGGUGAUUCACCUGCUCGAAACACAAAACACCAGGUGCAACGUCAUGUUGGGUUGGUACAUCAAACAGAGUCUCGACAAGAGUCACCGAACCACCCACCAACGGUUCAAGGAGAUGUGGAGGGAGAGGAUGAAGAUGGUCCUGUACCCGGAGAACACCAAUUGAUGAACUCUUGACUCCUCCCUGACCUGGAGCCCCAUAUCAAGUCUACUUUCUACGUUCGGAAUUGAAGCAGAAGUGGAGGCGUAAGAGGCACGUUGACAAGGGACGCGACAAGAGAAUGGACAUGUUCAGCUCGCUUUUCGUUUUGGGAAAAGUAAACACCACAUGGAGCGGCAAAGUCAUUGAGUACUUGAUUUGAGUGAAACACGUCGGGGAAGCGAAUGCGAAUGGUGUUGUGGGAAUCAAAUG